UCACGAAAGUGAUUUGAAGCCACUGCUUAAAGAGAAGCUAAAAACUUCACUCUAUCCCACAACAACUCUUUAUCUUCCUCCUUGCCUUCAAAAAUUCUGCGAUCCUCUCCAACCAAACCACCCACAUAAUAGCCAGUAAAGCACAUCUCCAUAGUGUCAACGGUUUUUUCCCACUCCCAAAUUCUUUUAAACGCACCACAAAAAGAGACACACAAUCGUGUGGUAUAACACACUUCAAAUCUGCUUCCCACAUAUUCCUUUUGUAAGUAGAUCGAAUAACUAAAGAGGGUGUGUUAGGUAGUUUAUAUGUUAUGACAUUGAUUCUGGUGUUAAAUUUGACAAUCUCAACUCUUUAUGUCAGCUCUAUCAUCAUUGUCAAUAUUCAAACUUGAGGGUUGAAGUCUGAUUGAUUUGUUCAUAAAAAUAUAUGGGAAGCAAUGUUUCCGAGAAACUUUAAUGAUUUUGAAGCUCAUUCUUCCGCCUUGAAUGGGCUAGAUUUUAAGUUCCAAUUGCCACUCAGCUUAUGGGAUUGAUGGUUGUCUGUGACAUCAUCAUGACUGCAAUGAGGCUACGAUAUAGGUUCCUCGCUUAAAUAUCUUCUGAAAAGUAACACAAAUUUUGGUUCCAACUGUUGUUGGUUUUAUCCUUUUUAGUUUUAGCUUUUUGCAUCUUUUCUUUAGAUUGUGUGUCAUAUGUUCAUGCAUGUCUUGUGUCUUUUUGGUACAAAGACUUAUUUAUAAGCUCUGAAUUUUUCAGAUCAGUCAGCAUUAUAGGGGCCCUCCUAUUUUGUUGUCAAUUGAAAGAAGCAAACUUCGACCUUGAAUAAUACAUCUAAUGUUUUUCUCCUCUUUAUUAGAUGACCACAGAACAAUGGGAAGUGGACUGGCACCUUGGCCGGCUCGAUCAACUUCCCCUCCUCCCCGUCUUGCUGACUUUGGCUAUUCAAAUGAAAUGUUUGAAAAGGACACGGAACGUUGGCGUCGGAGGGUGGAGAAUUACUGGAAUCUCUUGAGUCCAAAGAUCCAAUCAGACACUCUGAGGAAUUUGAUGGACAUGAAGGCAAAUUUGGGGUCAUUUGGAGCAGCUCUGAAGGAAAAGGAUGUUUGGGUAAUGAAUGUUGUCCCUGAAGAUGGACCCAAUACACUCAAGUUGAUUUAUGAUAGAGGCCUGAUUGGCACCGUUCACAACUGGUGUGAAGCGUUUUCCACAUACCCCAGGACUUAUGAUCUACUCCAUGCAUGGACUGUGUUUUCUGACAUGGAGAAGAAAGGCUGCAGUGCUGAGGAUCUGCUGAUAGAGAUGGAUCGCAUGCUCAGGCCUACUGGUUUUGUUAUAAUUCGGGACAAACCACCUGUUAUAGAAUUUGUGAAGAAAUAUUUACCUGCAUUGCACUGGGAAGCAGUGGGAACAUCUGAUUUUACUUCAGAUACAGACCAAGAUAGGGAUGAGCUUGUGUUUGUUAUCCAAAAGAAGGUGUGGCUUACAAGCGAAGGCUUCAGGGAUUCGGAAUGAAAGCAGCAGAGCCUCUUCAUCGCCAGAUUCAUAUUCCUAUACUUUCCUGGAUUUAUGUCGUCUCCUACGCUUCGGGAUCAAGAAGCAUGUCCUGAGAGCAAUGGAGUAGUAAAUUUCAUUUUGUAGCAUCAAGUAUUUUUUUUUUUUGGUUUUCCACCUUUUUUUUUUUCUGUGUUUUAGUCAAUAAACCAUAGACAACUUGCAGCUAUUAUAGGCUAUAUUCUUCAUUGUUUUUGUAUUCUAAAAGUUGUAUGUUGUCUCUUAAAGAAGCCUCU